UCGUUUUUCUGGCCUGGCCACUUGUUAAAAUAUACACACUAAAUAUAACAGCAACAAUUAGAGGCAAAAAAAGUUGUUGAUCAAAUCUCGUUCAUCAUCAUCAUCAUCAACACCAUCAAACACAUCCGUAUUGAGCUUUUCGAUUUAGUCAAAAUUUUUCUACCAGUUUUCGAUUUGAUUUCCUCACACAUUCAUUUUUUGACAUUCAAACGACGUCGUUAAAACUGUUUUUAUUUCACAUUAAUAAUUUCAUCUCAUAUUGAUUUUUUGAUCAAAUUUAAACAUGGCAACGACUACAAGUUAUCUUGGAUUUGCUAAUCUACCGAAUCAAGUGCAAAGAAAAUUCGCUAAAAAAGGUUUUGAAUUUAAUCUAAUGGUUGUUGGUGAAUCGGGUCUUGGAAAAACAACAUUGAUAAAUUCAUUGUUUGGUACGAAUAUUAAUUCAAAUCGAAAGAUACCAACUACACAAGAAUUAUUGGAUCGAACAUUAUCCAUUGAAACUACAUCGAUGGAUAUUGAAGAACGUGGUGUUCGUCUUAAAUUAACUGUUAUUGAUACACCUGGCUAUGGUGAUGCAUUGAAUUGUUCCGGUAAUUAUGAUCCAAUAUUACAAUAUAUUGAUGAACAACAUCGAAAAUAUUUGACCAACGAAUCUGGUUUAAAUCGUCGACAAAUACGUGAUACACGUGUUCAUUGUUGUUUUUUCUUUAUAUCACCGAUUAAUUAUGGCCUAAAGCCAGCUGAUGUUCAUUUUCUUAAAUUAUUACAACAUAAAGUUAAUAUUGUGCCAUUGAUUGCUAAAUCAGAUUUUCUCACACCAAAUGAAACAUUAACAUUGAAAAAACGUAUACUUGAAGAGAUCAAACAACAUAAGAUUGAUAUCUAUACAAUACCGGAUUGUGAUCCUGAUGAUGAUAUUGAAUAUAAGGAACACGUUAGACAAUUACAAAAUUCAAUGCCAUUUGCUGUUUCAUCAUCAGUUGAUAUUAUCGAAGUAAAUGGUGAACGUAUUCGUGGCCGUGAAUAUCCAUGGGGUAUUGUUCGUACUGAAUGUGAUGAUCAUAGUGAUUAUGUUAAAUUACGUUCAAUGUUGGUAUCACAAAUGCAAGAUCUACAUGAAGUGACACAUGAUUUACAUUAUGAAAAUUAUCGAUCCCUACAUUUGGCUAAUUCGGGAUGUGAUAUGAGCCCAAUGUCAAGAAAAUUUAAUUCAAGCGAUGUACGUGAUAAUGUAUCAAUACUUAGUGGUAUGACAAUGGAUGAAACUGAAAAAGAUCGUUUGCUAAUAGAAAAAGAAGCUGAAAUUCGUCGCAUGCAACAAGAAUUGGCAAAAAUUCAAGAUCAAAUUCGUAAACAAUCAUUGCAGCCAUCCGAUCAAAAUGUUGUAAACAAUAUUGUUGCUCAUUCAAAUGGUACCACGACAACAACAACAAAUGGACAUUCAAAUUUAUAAUCAAAAAUUAACUGCCAAUUAUGCUCAUUGGAGAA